GGUGCCGAUGUUUCGGUUUUUCUCACAUUCCAAGAGAAGAGAUGGCUAUGAAAAGGUUGAGUAUCAGUAUGAUGCAAGUGUUCGUGUCUUCAAACCGAGAGAGCUAAUUGUCGCCACUGAAAAAUUCAGUCCAGGACGUGUAUUAGGUGAAGGAGGACGAGUGUAUAAGGGUGUUCUCAAAGACGGACAGGAAGUUGCCGUGAAAAGAUUUGAAGAACAGGCAGAUUUGUGGGCGGAGGUUCAAAUGCUCAACAGCGUAGAACAUCCUAACAUUGUCAAGAUGAUUGGUUACUGUGAUAAAGAGAAAGAUCAUAUCAUAGUUUAUGAAUUCAUGCCAUUACGUUCGUUGGAUCUUCAUUUGCACGACCUUAAACCCGGAAAAACGCCUCUUUACUGGAAGACUAGGAUGAAGAUAGCAAUGGGUGUGGCCAAGGCUUUAGAGUAUCUGCAUGAUCAAAAGGAUCCUCCUAUAAUCUACAGUGGCUUGAAAAGAUCCAGUAUUUUACUCGAUGAAAAUUAUGAUCCAAAGCUGUCAGAUCUCGGGUGUGCAGAACAUGGUCCUACACUGAAUCACACCGCGGCCAAUAGAAAGUUUUCAUUGUGCUAUCUUGGUCCAGAGUAUCCUAUGACUGGCAGCCUCAGUUUGAAAUCCGAUGUCUAUAGUUUUGGUGUUGUUUUGCUUGAGUUGAUCUCUGGGAAGAAGGCAAUCAAUGGAUACAAUAACGUUGUUUAUGGAUUAACAGAGAGAGAUUGGAUAUUAUUGCUAGGUGUUAAAGCAGAUCGUGAUGAAGCUGAAUUUCGGUAUGAUCUCAACAAUAUUCGUGUCUUCGAAUCCAGAGAGCUAAUUGUCGCCACUGAUAAUUUCAAUCCAAGACGUGUUUUGGGUGAAGGAAGUUUGGGACGAGUGUACAAAGGUAUUCUCAAAGACGGACAGGAAGUUGCCGUGAAAAGGUUUGAUCGGCAGGAAAAUUUGUGCACGGAAGUUAAAAUACUCAGCUGCUUAGAGCAUUCUAACCUCGUUAAGAUGAUUGGCUAUUGUGAUAAAGGGAAAGAUCAUAUGAUUGUUUAUGAAUUUGUUCCAUUAAGAUCGUUGAGUCUUUACUUACAUGGUAAGGUUUCUCUGUUCUCACCAUUUCAUGGAUCAUGA